UAUGAUAAUCAAACGUCAAACUCGGUCGUACAAAUACAGAUAUAUUCGUUUGGUUAAUAAUUUUAUAACUCGAAGUGUAAUAAUAAGACAUACUAAUUUAUAGAACCAUAUUCAUUUAAACAGUAGCUUUCCCUCAUCUGUUUACCGUGUCAGUGUUUGGCAAGUGCAGAAACCUGAUAAAUUGCAUAGAACAUAAACACAAAAUGGAAUGUAAAAUGUAAACGUCAUUUAAUUGUGCUAAAGUGUAUGUUGUGAUUACGUUUCCAACAACAUUCAGUGAUUCUAAAAUGUUAUGAUUACGUGACAUGAAAAUUAUUUGUGUAUAUUGUUGUGUCUAAUGUGUAAUCAAGAUGAAUUGGUUCGACACUUCAGGAUUGACAAGUUUAGCUAAAACUGCUCUCAAAGAGGCCCAGAAAACCAUCGAUAAAGCCUUGGAUAUUACCGAUGAAAGCAGUGAGGAGCCCGACGAUGAAGCCGUUUCCAUUAAACCCUCAAAAUCGUUGAGUAGCGGCAAUACACCUCAAAAAGAUAAUUCCGAUUUCUUUGCUUCGUGGGGGCUAACCGUUAGUGCGGAAAGCUCCAAGGAUCCUAUAAAGGAGCAGCCAGUGGUCACCGAGAGCCCUUCAAAGUCAAAUUCGCAAAGCUUGUGGGGAUCUUUUGCAGGUUCGUUUUUUGAGCAACAACAACAAAAUGCAUCUGAAAAUGAAUCUGCUAUUGUCCGGCCACCUAAAGCUAAAUCGAUGAACGUUAUUGCUGACAGUAAAUAUGGCAGCCAGGAUGAUCUGUUUUCAAAAAGUCAGCUUGUAAUGUCAGACGGGGCAGAAUGUUUGGACACAAAGAAGGAUGAUUUAAUUUCUAAAUUUGAUAAUAGACUUAGCUCGUCUUUAUCUCACAGGCUCUCCCUUGCCUCAAGUAGGAAUAGCUCUGACUCUGUUGAGGUGUUAUCCCAAAGCUUAAAAACUACUCCUGACUCUGAAGUUUCGGUGCACACAAUUUCAAAUAGCAGCAGUACAGGACAAAAACAAACAUCAGAGUCAGUAGAAAUAUUACCAGAUAGUCUCAUUAGCCCUAGCUCUAUCGAAUGCCUCGGCUUUGAUAGCUAUGCAAGUGAUAAAAACAGCAGCACAUCUUCCAAUCUUUCACCAGGUGACCUAUCAGAUAAAAAGUCAACUCCACUUGGUGAUGCCACAGAGAGGGCAGAGACAGCUGAUAGUGUGAGUUUGGUUGCUGAUGAUGAUGAAGAUACUAUGUCAUACAAUUCCAUCUCGGAAUGUACUGCACCUACUGUUCUGGAUACAGAUGAGAAACCUAUCAGCCCUUUUCCCAAAUCAAAAAUUGAUUCACAUAAAAAACUUGCAGAUAAAGAACUAAUCCAUCUAGAUCAUCCAAUAUUAUCUCAAAAGAUGCAAAUCAGUGAGAACUCAUCUAACGAUGGCUCCUGGUCCGACAGGACGUUAAAUGCUGACAAUGACAGCAUUAUACUAGAAGCCACAGAAGACAAUAAGAAAGAAGUAGACCAUGAGGAUGCACUUAUGGAAAAAUUAAGUGAUUCCUCAUCAUUCUACAAUGUCAAUGUAACUACAGAUUUACUAAGAUCGGAAAGCUCCACUUUUGUUAAUAUUGGAAAAGAACAAUUAAGUGCUCCGGGCAGCAGUGAAUCUUCACAAAAAGAAAGCAUCAAAGAACGGACUUCACCCACUAGUUCGGAGAGCAAAAGUGAUUUAGUCAAAAUUGGAUCUGACCGAACAUCAGGCCACACGUCUGGAGACGAAGUGGAGACAGCCACAUCAUCGGAUAUUGAAAUCAUACCAAGCCCAAAUGGUGAUAACAGUCACAGCUCUUGUCGGAAUAGUCCAGGAAAAUAUAACUUUAAACAAGGCAAGUUUGAUGGCACAACCUCUUCCAAUCUGGUGGAUUUAGUACUGGGAAAAUCUCUAGCAACCAAAAUCCGGGGUCACAACAGAGAACUGUCUGAAACAUCUGUGCAAAGUAACACUAGUGAUGAAAGCCAAGGCUCUGAAAAUGAUCGUUUGAUGCGGAGGCUGUGUGAAAUGGCAGAGAUUUUAGAUGCAAGGGAAAGCAGGCUAAUGGAAGUGAGUAGAAGUAACGCUGAGCUGAUUGAAAGCAACACAAAUCUGAAGAGUCAGAUGGAGUCCCUGCAGGCAAAGCAUGAUGCAGGUGACAUCAAUGUCAUCACUGAAGAUUAUACACAAAGAAUGUCGGCUCUAGAAAAAAAAUUUCAGCAGGCCAUUAGAGAAAAGGACCAGCUACGUAAGGAGUUGGACAAAUUAAAAUCCGAAGCGACGCGCAAGGGUACCUCGGAAUUGGAGGAGAGCAUCAAGGAGCGGGACGAGGUGAUCGCGCAGCUGCAAGAGGAGGGGGAGCAGCUGUCCCGCCAGCAGCUGCACCACUCCAACAUCAUCAAGAAGCUACGAGCCAAGGACAAGGACAAUGAACAGGUCAUCAAGGGCUUGAGGGACAAGAUAUCGGAGCUGACGUCGGAGGUGGAGCGCGCCAAGCGUGCUGUGGCUGCCAAGGAGGAGUUGGAGGUGAGCCAGAUCGAGGCGGUGUACCGGCUCACCACCGCCAACAAGAAGAUGGAGACUGAGCUCACUGAGGUUGGUACAAUAACGGUAUUUAACACCUUAUACUUUUUAAAGGUACAUAUUUCUCUAGUGAAUAAAUCAGGAAAAGAAAUUCUUUCUAUAAUAGAAUCUAGGAAUUAAAGCAUUUUUUGCUCUUGUAUUCAA